GGAGCGGUGACACUCCUGACAGCCUUUUAAAGUUGCGACCGACGCGUUAAUUUGUUUGUGAGGUGGGCCAGAUGGAGAAAUCUAAAAACUUUCGGAUCGACGCGCUUCUGGCUGUCGAUCCACCAAAAGUGCAGACCUCGCCGCUGGCGCUGGUCACCUCCCUGCCCACCUCGUCCAUAUCCUCCUCCUCCGACAGCGUCCAGGCGGUGGAGCUGACCACGAACUCCGACGCACUCCGGACAGAGUCUCCCUCGCCACCCAGGAUAUCGUCUUGCGGCUUGAUUCCCAAACCGGGUUUUCUGAACUCUCCACAUUCGGGCAUGCUCGGACUACACCCUCAGAGCAGCACCGGGAUUCCUCCUCAGGCUCUCUACGGUCACCCAAUGUACACGUAUUCAGCAGCAGCGCUCGGUCAGCACCCGGCGCUCUCGUACUCAUACCCGCACGGGUCCCACCAUCAUCACCAUCCCAGCGACCCCCUCAAACUCACAGCCAGCUCCUUUCAGCUCGACCACUGGCUGAGGGUCUCCACCGCCGGGAUGAUGCUGCCUAAAAUGGCAGAUUUCAAUGGCCAGGCGCAGUCAAACUUACUCGGCAAGUGCAGAAGACCAAGAACUGCGUUCACAAGCCAACAGCUCCUUGAACUUGAGCAUCAGUUUAAGCUGAAUAAAUAUCUAUCGAGACCAAAACGAUUUGAAGUGGCCACGUCAUUGAUGCUAACAGAGACGCAGGUGAAAAUCUGGUUUCAGAACAGGCGCAUGAAAUGGAAGCGCAGUAAAAAGGCUAAAGAACAAGCCGCACAAGAGGCCGAAAAGCAAAAGGGUAAAGGAAACCACGACAAAAUGGACGGACUGGAAAAGGACUACCAGAAGGUAGAUUCAGGGAAAAGUAACAGAAUACGGGACUUUAGGGACAGUGACGACGAAGAAGGAGAAAACUACAUGCUAAAUUCAUCUGAUUGUUCCUCUGAGGAUGAACGAACCAAUGCCAGUGACAUAAGUCCACAACCAUGAGACUUCAUAAAAACGAAAGACUCUGAGUAAAUUCUGUGAUUUGCAUGUAUCAUCAGUUUGCAGUCAUUAUGGAAAUGCCGAGGUGAACGUCCACAUGAGCUGUUUGUACACAUACAAACAUUGACUAGAUACUAUUCCUGAAGAGCAUGUGGUAAAAUUGCAUAACAUCAGGUAAAGGAUGAGUAAAGGCCUAUCAAUAAUUAACAUCAUUAAGAUGUUCCUAUUCAUAACCACUGCGUGUUCAUUUCUGAAUUAAAAUAGGAUGAAAAAAAGGCAUUUCCUCUACAACCAGAACCAUAUGUGAUCUGUUUAUUUUUAUACAAUGUAUUUAUAACUAAAUCGCUUUUAAAAUGCAUGUAAAUUAUUGUUUAGGUCUAUCAGUU